AUGCGUCGUCUCCCCAACAUGUGUAUGGUGCCCUCUGCAACAUUCCCUCCUGCCUUCGUCAUCAAUGCCGUCAGCUGCCUGGGCGGAAGUAAUGCUUUCAGCGUCCCUCGAAUCACACCAAUCCCAUACGAAAACGUCUGGAAUGAUGAGACGAAAGACAUCGUUUUCGACGAGCUCGACUGGCUGAGGAUGAUCUUCCCAUCCUUCUUCGUCGAAGGUGGAGGGUCUGCUAUGAUACCGACAGGGUUGAUUCUGGUCGUCGAUUUUAUCGUAUUGUAUGCCGCAAUGGACGCGUCCUACUAG